UUCGCGUCGAUUUUAUACGCACACGUCAUUUUACUGCGUCUACAGUACAUUUGUUUGGAGAGAGAGAAGAUGGCGUCAGAAUCAGUGGAAACGUUAGCCGAACAGGACACAGAACUGGACGAGUUAUUGGACAGUGCACUCGAUGACUUUGAAAAGACAAACCCAGCCCCCCCAGUUCCUGCUGCUGCCGCGUCUCCCCCAUCAGCCAAGGGCAGUGAAGAGAAACCCCCUCUACUGGAAGACAGUCAGUUCUUUGAGGCUCUGUUUGAAGGGGAGAUGGCCUCUCAGGCGAAGGAGGAGUGGGAGAAAGCCAUGACUGAACUCGCACAGGAAGAACCUGAGCUGCUGCAACACUUUCACAAAUUGUCAGAGGCAGCAGGGAAAGUUGGUACUGAUGUAGCCUCCCAACAAGAAUUCACUUCCUGUCUCAAAGACACCCUCAGUGGGUUGGCGAAAAAUGCAGACAACUUACAGAGUGCAGGUUUGGCUGGAGAGGAUCUAGCAAAGACUCUGGAAGGGCUGGGAUUGGAUGAGGGUGGACAGGGGGGCGGGGAAGAUGGAAACAUCUUGCCGAUUAUGCAGUCCAUCAUGCAGAAUCUACUCUCCAAGGAAGUGCUCUACCCAUCUCUCAAAGAGAUCACUGAGAAGUAUCCUGAGUGGUUGAACAGCAAUCGCCAGUCCCUCCCGGCAGAUCAGUUCCAGCGCUACGAACAGCAGCACAAGGUCAUGGGAGAGAUCUGCAGCCGGUUUGAGAAGGAGGGAGAGCGAAGUGGAAGGGAUGGGGAGAAUCGCUUUGAGAGCAUUCUGGAACUCAUGCAGCAGCUACAAGACCUGGGCCAACCACCCAAAGAGCUGGCUGGUGAAUCGCCACCUGGCCUGAACUUUGACCUGGAAUCCCUGAAUCUCCCAGGAGCCUCUGGGGCCGGAGCGGCAGAGCAGUGCUCAAUCAUGUGAUGUCAGAGCAGCCAGAUCAAUAGAUGCACAGGCUAGGAGCUGUGUGCAAGGGGGGGAUGAUGAGAGAGGACAAUCGGUCACAAGACAAGGAGGAGAACGAGACUGUUUGCACUGCUCUCCUCGCAACAGAUGUUUCUGUAUCUACAGAGAAGGCACAGUCAAGGGUGGCACAACAAACCAAUGUUACCACCCUUCAGUAACUCACUGAUCAUCACUUCACUGAUUUUAAAUUAAUUGCUUUGGUUUUUCGUAAGCUUUUCCAGGUCAUUCAUAGUACAGGUAGUAGCAUACCCACACACACAGCUCAAAUGACUAGCGCUUGACUUAUGAGUCCGUUUUUACACUCACCAUUGUUUAGCCCCUGGUAGAACUGGUUGAACUGGCCUGUUGGUUAAAAUGGUGUCUUGCAUUAUUGUUAUAAACCUCACAGCAAGGAUAGUAGGAUUCUCUGUUGUGAGAGUUGCUGAGUGAUGAUUGAGUUGUUUCAUAGCUGCAGUAUCAUCAUGGGUCUGUGUGCCCAACAAAGGGUGAUGAGCCACCAUCACAGUUCCACUCAAUCAAUAAAGUAACCAACACCCCAGGGGUUGAUUAGGUUGUUUCUGACCACUAGUUUAGAGUUAUGAAUUUAGCAAUUUUCAUCAUUAAUACUGUUAAUGUAACAAAUGCGUGUAGAUUAAUAUUGUUGGUUGCAUAACCAGUGUACAUUUGUGAAUUAUUUAAAGAAAAUCGAGGAGUUAAACUUACCUCGUUCUAAUUUCAUAAUCAUAAGACGGCUAACUGAUUUUUAGAGACUGACUUUACCUUGGUUAGUUAUAUAGUACCUUCCCAAAAGCUACUAUGUUGUACCAGAGACUGUAUAUGGCUGUGCACUUGAUUUGACCUCUCGUUUUCUUGACGUCGGUUCAAACAUUGUUACAUCCACAAGAUCUAAGAACCAGUCCUGUGGCCAAUUGUGACAUAUAUUUAUAAUUUACAUUAUUCAAGUUUUUAAACAGGUUACCGAGGUUGGUGCUCUGGUUUGCGCAUGGGGCUAGAGCCAAGGUCGGUCAGUAACCAUCGGGAUUAAGACGGUCCCCUGAAUCCCGGGGCGUCUGUCCAGUAGUGGGACUCUUGUGACUGUGGUUAUAACCCUCUUAGCUUUUUAUGCACUACAAGUUAUGGAAAAAAGGUUUCUGACACCGUGACCACAAUGUCAAAAUUGGAUUUGGGCCAUGAUGAGAGAAUACUGUUUCGCAUGAUUAUAUCAAAACCAGUACCACUACUGGUAUGUGACCCUGCUGUUUUUCUUGUGAUCAAAAUGAUACAAAUAUAUAGCAUUUAUUUAAGGGACAGACACAAGUAGUAAAACAGUUCAAAUAAUUUCAGAGAAUCUUUACAAGAGUUGAAGUGAUGUGCAAAAAUGACUUUGCUGUGGGCACAGUGAUUAGUAGUUAAAAUGACUG